UUGCUCGCCGGUCGCCGCGCGUCCACAUCAAACAUGAUAGACGCCAGGCAAUAUCCAAAGCAGUUUUUGACGGAGUUUUUAGAGUUGUACAAAUCUUUGCCAUGUCUAUGGAAAAAGAAGUGUAAAGAUUACACUAAUAAACCACUCAAAACGGCUUGUUACCAGAAAAUGGCUGAUAAAUUGAAGGAGUACGAUCCGAAUGCAACAAGAGAGACCGUUAGAAGAAAAAUAAAUACACUUCGUACUAACCGUCGCAAGGAAAUGAACAAAAUUAAAAACUCCAUCGAAUCUGGCGGUGGAGUUCACCAGCCAAACCUAUGGUACUAUCAUUUACUAGACUUUCUUGAUGACGACGAGCCCGAUGAUUCUACAUCAGAUCACUGUAUUUCAUUAGAUCCGAUAAGUUUACCUAAAACAAAAACUGAAGCGCUAGACGAGACGAACAGACUGAGUUCUGAGGAAUUCGAACCGUUUCAAGAUAACGUGUCAGAAAGUAAUUCGCACAGCUCGCAAUAUGUCAUUGAAGUUCAAGAUGUGGACUACGAUUCUCCUGGAACAUCAUACCGUGCACCAGUCCACAAACGCCCCAGGUUACCUAAGAAAAAAUUGACGCAUUCUAACGUAGAAGAAGCAGAGGGCUAUGAGGACCGAUUUGAUAUUUUUGGAAAAAGUGUCGCCAUGAAGAUGCGUGGUUUGUCAAGUCAACAAAGACUUGUCGCAGAGAAAAUCAUUAACGAUACCCUAUUCAAGGCAGAGAUGGGCAUUCUAAGACUAUCGGACGCAAUGGAUCUUAAACAUUAAUAAAAUACUUUUAGUAUUUUAACAAAGCAAGAAGCGGGAUCAUUAGAAUGACAUAACUGCUGUUCUUGUUAUUUCUAACAGAAUUUAACUUUAGUUUUCACUAGUUUUUAAUAAAAUA